AUGCGCCCUCAGGGCCGCCGUGGAAUCCCCUCGGCUCCCCCGGCGCUGCUGCUGCUGCCGCUGCUAUUGCCGCUGCUGGGGGCGCCGCGCGGCGUGGGCGCUGGGGCUGGCCCGCCGGCAGAGCUGCGGGUCCGUGUGCGGCUGCCGGACGGCCAGGUGACGGAGGAGACCCUGCAGGCGGACAGCGACGCCGACAGCAUUAGCUUGGAGCUGCGCAAGUCCGACGGGACUCUGAUCUCUUUCACUGCCGACUUCAAGAAGGACUGGAGUCCAGAGCAACAGCGGGCGUGGCGGGGAGGAGCCACCAGGCCCGGUUGGGGCAGACAGGUGUUCCGCAGGGUCGGGACCCACCCCGGCAGCACCCCACGCCCGCUCCCCUGGCCCCCAGCUCCCCGUAUGCAAAUCACUGCUUUGCAUGGGCCCGGGGCCAGGCGCGUGGGCCCUGCCAGGGGGCGUGGCCGGCGGCCCCCGCCCCGCGCCGCACCGCGUGCUCACCUGGGGAGUGUGGCAAUCCUGGCCGCGCCGUGUGCUGCCCGGGCCGGAGCAGCGGAGCGCGCGACGGCGGUGGCGACGGCUCCAGCAGUGGCUCCUGAGGCGGCGGCAGCCGGGGGCGGGAGGAAGGAGACCCUGGCGUCCCAGGGGACCCGGCUGGGGCAGACGCGAGGGGCCUGGGGGGGCGCUGGCUUUGGCCCCGCCUGGGGCAGGAUGGUGAAUCUGGAACCCGUACACACAGAUAUCAAGAUGAGUGGAGAUGUCGCCGAUUCCACGGAUGCUCGCACUGCCCUUGGCCAGGUGGAGACAGGAAAUGAUCGAAAUGGCCUAGAUUUCAACAGACAGAUUAAAACUGAGGACCUCAGUGACUCCCUGCAGCAGACCCUCUCCCACCGGCCAUGCCACCUGUCACAAGGUCCUACCAUGAUGUCCGGAAACCAGAUGUCUGGGGACAUGGCUUCCCUCCAUCCGCUCCAACAGCUGGUACUGGUUCCCAGCCACCUUCAGUCUGUAUCGCAGUUCCUGCUCUCUCAGACCCAGCCUGGCCAGCAAGGUUUGCAGCCAAAUCUUCUCCCCUUUCCACAGCAACAAAGCAGUCUCCUCCUCCCUCAGACUGGGCCAGGCCUUUCUUCCCAGGCUGUUGGGCGCUCUGGGCUGCCAAGCUCUUCUUUAGAAUCCCAUCUGGAAGCAUCCCAACACCUCCCAGUGCCUAAACAUCUGCCUAGCUCUGGAGGGGCCGACGAACCUAGUGACCUUGAGGAACUGGAGAAGUUUGCCAAGACCUUUAAGCAAAGGCGCAUCAAGCUGGGAUUCACACAGGGAGAUGUGGGGCUGGCGAUGGGAAAGCUAUAUGGCAAUGACUUCAGCCAGACUACCAUUUCACGAUUUGAGGCCCUGAAUCUGAGCUUCAAGAACAUGUGUAAGCUCAAGCCACUGUUGGAGAAAUGGCUGACUGAUGCAGAAUCCUCUCCUUCCGACUCCUCGGUGAGCACCCCCAGCUCUUACCCGACCCUCUGUGAAGUAUUUGGGAGGAAGAGGAAGAAACGGACCAGCAUUGAGACCAAUAUCCGUCUGACUCUGGAGAAGAGAUUUCAAGAUAACCCCAAGCCCAGCUCAGAGGAGAUCUCCAUGAUUGCAGAGCAGUUGUCCAUGGAGAAGGAGGUGGUGAGGGUCUGGUUCUGCAACCGUCGCCAAAAGGAGAAGCGAAUCAACUGUCCUGUGGCCACACCCAUCAAAUCACCCAUCUACAGUUCCCGGCUGGUCUCUCCCUCGGGAUCUCUGGGUCCCCUUUCUGUCCCCCCUGUCCACAGCACCAUGCCUGGAACAGUCACGUCAUCCUGUUCCCCUGGGAACAACAGCAGGUCUUCAUCUCCUGGCUCAGGACUCCAUGCCAGCAGCCCCACUGCAUCUCAAAAUAACUCAAAAGCAGCAGUGAACAACUCCAGUUUUAACUCUUCAGGAUCUUGGUAUCGAUGGAAUCAUCCCACCUACCUCCACUGA